GUGGACCCAAUAAUAGCCUCAGUGAUCAGAUUGCUCCCUGCUAUAUUCUGAGCUCAGCUAACUGGAUGGAGACACUUGGCAGCAGUUAGCUAAUCAAAACACUUCCAAGUGAACAAAGCAGCGAUGAACCGACAAGCAUUUAAUGGGACGUCUUCGUCACUGAACUUUUCCACAAGGACUACAGGUAAUGGAUGCUCUCACACAAGUCUAGGAGAAGAAGACCUGGACAGUCUACGCUUUGAGCUUACAAAGACAGAGGAUGAGAUUCAGACGUUGAGGCAGGUUCUUUUGGCAAAAGAAAAAUAUGCAGCAGAUAUCAGGAGGCAGCUUGGAAUGAGUCCCCUCAGCUGCAUGAAACAGAAUCUGUCCAAAGGUUGGCAGGAAGUCCAGACCUCAGCUCCAUAUCUCACAGCCUCUGCGACUCUGGAGGACAUCAGCAAGUCCAACGUAAUUUUGAGGACACGAGAUGGUCUGUCUCAAGCAGGCCAGGUGACAUCUGCUGCCCUGUCCAAUGUGGGCGUGGCCAUCACCAGAAGACUGGCACAGAUGAGAGCCCUGCCUCUCCCGAGCUCACCACGCACCCUGAGCCACACUAUAAGUGUGCCAUCCAUGAGACAUUCCUCUACAUUCAAGUCCAUUGAAGAAAUCGUUGGCAGUGUUAAGGAUAAAGUGACUGGAGGGGUAUCAAGCAAUGAAGGGACCUCUGGAUUCGAAAAAAGAUCUUUACACAACCAACCAAACCUGAAAUAAACUGAUCUUCUCCAAAAUACAAAAUGUUAUCACUUUCCCUCAUCAAUGUGACGUCUUCUACUGCUCUCUGGAGUUUCUUUGCAGAUUAAGAGAUAGAAUGUGCAAUAUUAAGCGUUUAAGUCAAAUUAUUUGGAUAUCAGUAAUAAAAGUACUGUGUAAAAAUUUUAAUACUUUGAAAGUUUCAUAUUACGAUGAAAUGUGUUCAUGUUAACAUGCUGUUUUUGAUGUGCUUCUAUCUGUCUUUUGAAGUAUUACAAAGUAUUUUUGUAAUAUUAGAUUUUCCAAGUAAAGGCAUUAGCAUACGCUCA